AUGGCGACGAAGCUCCCGGCGAUGGUGGUGAUGAUGAUGGCGUUGGUGGUGCUGGCGUCGGUGAUGCCCGGACGAUCCCUUCGCUUCGAUCUUCAGUCGGGGAGCACCAAGUGCAUCUCGGAGGACAUCAAGAUGGACGCCAUGGCCGUCGGCAAGUACUCCGUUAUCAAUCCUUCUGAUUCCGGUCCCCUUCCUGAAGCUUAUCGAGUCACUGUUAGGGUGACCUCGCCGUAUGGGAACAACAUCCACUUCGGGGACAACGUGGAUUCCGGCAACUUUGCGUUCACGUCGGUGGAGGCCGGGGAUUACCUUGCUUGUUUCUGGACUCCCGACCACAAGCCUCCUGUUACCGUCACCGUUGACUUCGAUUGGAGAACCGGAGUCGCCGCUAAGGAUUGGCCCAGCGUCGCCAAGAAGGGUCAGAUCGAUGUCAUGGAGCUGGAGUUGAAGAAAUUGUAUGAUACUGUCACUUCAAUUCAUGAUGAAAUGUUCUAUCUUCGUGAAAGGGAGGAGCAAAUGCAGGACAUGAACAGAGCAACGAACUCAAGGAUGGCAUGGUUGAGCUUUCUUUCCCUUGCUGUAUGUUUAUCAGUUGCAGGCUUGCAGCUAUGGCAUUUGAAGACCUUCUUUGAGAGGAAGAAACUUCUCUAAACUUUGUUCCACAAUGAACUUCAUUUUCUGAAAUAUUUACAUCAUAUCAGAUUAAAUAGGAGCCAUCGGACUUAUAACUUGUAGACUUGAGGGAGAGAUUGAUCAUAGUAAUCUGUUCUCUAUA